AGACGAACGAGGAGGACGUGGAAGACGAGUCGCCUCAGAAGACUGGAUUUCACCCCCCCCACCCCCCCACUUCGCCCCCAAAAAAACGUGUUUUGUUUUUUUUUUUUCAAUUCGUGACGCAUCGUCUGACCGGUUCGGCGUGGACAUUUUGGAGCGGGUGGACGUCGAGUUUUUUUUACGCAGCGCACUGGCGAAGGCGGACGUGACUUUUGCGGCUUUUAAAGGUUCUCGGUGCGGACCUGGCGUGGAUUUUGUGUAGGGGACACCCCGCGUGACUUUAGGGAGUUGGUACGCGGAAAGAAAAGGAGAAGAAAAGCAAGAGAAGAGUCUUUUGUUAGGGGAGCGCGUGCAAAAUGUAAAAAAAAAAAAAGUGCAGCGUUGGGAGAGGGAAGAAAAGAAACAAAAGUCAGACUUGACUUCGCCUGCAUGCUGACUCAAGCGUGGUGCAGCGUUCACAGGGCAGGAUGGAUUUUUUAAUGGGAGACUGUCCGUCUUACUAAAAGGUUAAAGUAUGACUGCGGCCGCGGGCGUGCUAACAGGCUUGGCCAAGCUAAAGCGCCAGGAUUCGGCCUAUUCUCAGCAGCGGCCUGCACCGGCUACAUCUACUGGUCUGGCCAAUGCUGCCCAAGAAGGGGUUCAAAGAAAACGAAAGCGGCGCACUGACGUGGUGGUGGUGCGCGGACGGUUGCGCCUCUACUCAGCCUCGGGGUUUUUCCUCCUCCUGGGCCUGCUCAUCCUAGUUGUCGGGAUCGCCAUGGCCACGUUGGGCUACUGGCCGCAAGCCUCAGGCCAAAGCCUGCCUGUUGGUGGAGGAUCCAAGGCGGCGGUGGAGGAGAGUGCCCUGAAGAACUCCAGUCGAAGUCAAAACGUAGAAGGUCGGCCCACAAGGGGCGCUCUGACACGGUUCCUGGAACAGCAUCGGCACUCUGAGAGGAUGAAGAUGUUUGGGCCUUUCACCAUGGGUAUCGGGAUUUUCAUUUUCAUCUGCGCCAAUGCCAUUCUUCAUGAGAACAGAGACAGGGAAACAAAGAUCAUCCACAUGCGAGACAUGUACUCCACUGUCAUCGACAUCCACCGCCUCCGCCAAAAGGAGCAGAAGCAUCACGCCCAGCACAACUAUGCAAGAGAUGACCUCCGAGGCCACGGCGACGACACCAACCCCCUCGCCGCCUUCUCCUCUUGGGCCGGCGGGACGUUCCCUGAGGAGGAGGCGCUGCUCGGGGACGAGGAGGCUCGCAGGCGGUGGGAGCAGGCCAGGUUGGAGUGCAGCUUCGCGGGUCUGUUGGCGCCGCUCUACAAGGACCGGAUGUCGCCCGAGGGUGCCGACGGCGAGAGGUUAGGCCACCGCGCGCGCUCCAUCGUGUCGUCUUCCAUCUCGGCGUUCACGUUGCCCGUCAUCAAACUCAACAACUGCGUCAUCGACGAGCCGGAGAUGGAGGCCAUCACGGAGGAGGAGAGAGGGGGACGCGGGAGGGAUGACGAGAGCUCGCAAACGUCGGGCGCCACGGUGUCCCUAGCGGUUCCGGUGGCGUGUGUCGCCAAGGCCUCCAAAGCGCCGCGCUUGCACCGGAGUAAUUCCGCCUCCUCCUCCUCGUCCGGGUCCUCUUCCUCCUUGGCGCCGUCGUCUACCUCAGGCUGUUGGCUUUCUCCCGUUGCGGCGCGGCCCGAUUUUGGCUCCAACUCCUCUCUGCACAUGCUCAGCAGUCACUCCAAAUCUCUGGACCUGGAACGCCAACCCAGCAUGCUCAGCGUGCACCAGGAACAACGCAAACACCCCAGCUGGCCUCGCUUGGACCGUAGCAACAGUAGCCGCGGCGUUAAGGGCUACACUCGGCUCGAGGACCGAGGGGAUGAGCAACAGUGCGGCGGUGCGGAGACAAGGGCGGUGGCGCUUCCGCCGCCGGCCUCCGUUGUCAGCCGGGACUACAGCAAGAGAGAGAAGUUGCUCAUGAUAUCUCGGUCGCACAACAAUCUGAGCUUCGAGCAUGACGACUUGAGUGGCGGGUCGAUGAAGCGAGGCAGCUCAGAAACCCGCUUCUAAGAGCCAGGAUUUAUUCGCUCGUCCCUCUCAGGCAGGUCCCUCCGAAGACCCACAUGGAUAGCUAAGUGUUGCUUCCACAGCCUGAUGUGGGUUACUCGAUUAACGAGACGGCACGAAGUGGGC